AUGUCUUUUCAGAACAAUGUCCAAAGAACCACAGGGGAAGUGGCUCUGACAACCAUCUUGCUUUUCCAGAUGGGCAUUGGGACUCUGGCCAAUGUCACCCUCUUCUUCUUUAAUGUCUCUCCAAUCUUGUGUGGACACAAGCAGAGGCUCCCCAACACCAUUCUCACCCACAAGGCUGUAGCCAAUCUCUUAGUUCUUCUCUCUGCUGGGAUUCCCCAGAAGAUGGCGGCUUUUGUUUUGAGGAAGCCCCUGUCCAGUCUUGGGUGUAAAUUUGUAUAUUAUGUACAGAGAAUAGCUCGCAGCACCACCAUGUGCUGCACCUGUGUCCUGAGCACCCAUCAGUUCUUCAUACUCAUCCCAGAGAGGGAGGUGUGGACGAUGCUCAGAGGAAGAGCCCCCAAGAUCAUUGAUCCUUCCUGCUGUAUCUGCUGGAUGUUCAGUGUCUUAAUGAAUAUCUAUGUUCCUGUGAUCACUGGUUCACAGGACACAGGAAACAGUAGUGACAUCCUCGGGAAGUGGUUCUGCUCGUCCUCCACUCUGAGUGCAGGCACUGUCAUCCUGUGGUUUGUCUCCGAUGCCAUGUUUAUUGGUCUCAUGAUCUGGUCCAGUGGCUCCAUGGCGCUGUUCCUGUACAGGCACCACCAGAGAAUGCAGUAUAUUCACACCCCCAAUGGCUACCGCAAAUGUUCCCCAGAGACCAGAGCUGCCCACACCGUCCUGAUGCUGGUGGCCACCUUUGUGAACUUUUAUGCGCUGAAUUCCAUUUUUGUGUUUUAUGUCGCUGCCUUUUUAGAUUUCCGUCUAUGGUUGAUAGAGACUUCUAAUAUUUUGGCUUUAUGUUUCCCCACUGUUAGCCCCUUCUUGCUGAUCCUUCGGGAUUCUGGGGUUCCUAGGUCCCACUCUUGA